UUUGGAAUUUUUCUUUUUGUUAAUCAUACACUUCAUUUUGUUACUAUUGUUUAUACAACACAAGUUUGAAAAUGCAUUCUUUGAGCUUAAAUAUUCUGCCAGAACACUUAAAAAGUGAGGAAGGUGGUUUAUUCAUUGAAUCUUUACAGGAUCCGAACAGGUGGAGUGGAAUUCCGUUGCUUAACUACACCCCAUUGCAUGACUUGAAAGACAUGAGUAUUGUGAGGUUUAGAGGAAUGAUUCAAGACAUGCUAGACCCCGAAAUGUACUUGGAACGUUACGAAAUUGUUAAAGAAGAUAAUACUUGUAGAGUCCAAGAUGGUAAAUUUCGAGACUGUUUAUUGUUAAAUGAGGGCGAACGUGUAAAUCAUGAUGCCAAGGAAAAUCUUCACGGUGAGCGUCGUACCUUCUUUGUUAUUUCUAUACCCGGUUUAAAUAACUGGUGCCAAGAGUAUGAAUCUCAGUGUAGUCGUAGCAAUUUUCCAAAGCCAGUGGAAAUGGAAAAUACAGCAGGCAAGAAGCGUUCCGCACCUAUGGAGGAAGAUAAUAUGCAUAUCGAAAUCGAUACAAGUGCCAAAUCUGCUGCUGAUGGUGAUAAUAAUAAGCGGCAACGUACAGGGGAAAAGCUAAAUAACGCUGUUGAUAGUGACACAGUUAAUCACACCUCAAAUUCAGUAAUUGGUAUGGAAUACCAUCUAAACUCGCCAAUUCCAAGUCGCCCCAGUAAAGCUUGUAUGGUAAAAAUAUACAACGACUUCGAAAAGUACAAAUUAAACACUAUUAUUGAUGUGGUUGGUUUUCUCUCGGUGAAUCCGGCAUUGGAUGCCACAACAAUGGACGUAGAUGCGUUUGAUAAUUUAAAUGAGAUACAAGCUCAAAACCCACCGCCAUCAUUAAUACCUCGACUUCAUGCAAUAGCGGUACAUUGCUUACCACAUCCAAAUCCUUUAUUGGAUGAGAGAUUGCUGUCAAAUUCGCAGACAUGUAUAGACCCACACGGUUUCAACAUGUUAUCUGUAGGCAAUGAAUUUCGAACGUUCUUAAAGUUAUGCCUUUUCAAUGACAACUUAGCUGCGGAAUAUCUCUUAUCACAUUUAAUAUCUACAGUUUAUUGCAGAGCAGAAUCUCGAUGUUUGGGAAGAUUUCUCUUAAAUAUCUUUAAUUUACCACAGAAUCGUAUUUCAAAUUAUACGAAACAAUUUUACGAGCUAUUGGACUUGAUAAUACCAGCCAGCCAUUAUAUUACAAUGACAGCAGAGACAAUGAACGAAUCAACUUUUGGACCAAAAAAGGAUUAUGAAACCAACAAGUUAGUCUCAGGAAUGCUACAGCUUGCACCACAAACACACCUCGUGAUAGAUGAGACAUUUACUAAAUCUGAUCGCCUUAACAGCAAUGGCAUUUUGUCUAUGCAAAUUCUUGGGCAUGUUAUGACGCAUCAGGAGUUGAAAUGUAAUUUCCAGUAUUAUGAAAUUGAUUAUGAAGUCGAUAUUCCAAUAUUGUGUUUCAGUGAAAAGAAAAGUAUUUUGCCAUACGAUGCAUUUGUACCAAUCGAGUAUGAUGACCAAUCUGUUGAAGUUAUUGAGGAGUCGCUCAAGGCAGCUAGGCAUUAUUUGAAUCCAACUCGAUUAAAUCAAUUUAGACGGUUCCUAACUAUGGCUAAACUCACCGAAUUUAAUGUGAACCCAGCUGAGAGCGAAAUGAUUCAAAAUGAUUUUGUAGAAAUGCGCAAAAAUAAAAGCAUUCGCGAUGCCGAAGAGUUACAUCAUUUGUUGGUAUUAACUCGAUUAUUGGCUGUGGCACGAGGCAAAAAUGUGCUUGACAAGGAUGCAUGGGAACUAGCCAAGCAAAUGGAGUCGACUCGUCAGCAAAGAUUUACAAAUUGGGAAGGAAGUCACUAAUUAAAAUUAGUUCAUUAAAAUGAAUUUUCGUUGGCUACUGCUUAAGGUGUCAUGUUCCAUUUGUUUUAAAAAUAAAUAAAAUCAUUAUACAUAUUUUUGUUUACUACAAAAAAACCUAUUAUUUUUUCUAUACGUAAAAAAUUAAAAUCAUUGUUAA